UUUGUAAUGAGCUCAGAUCGGUCUCCUAAGGAGAAAGAUAUGGAAUUAGGAAUUCAGGUUCCAAAAGGAAAAUCAGACUAUGGAAUGGAAGAUUUUUUUAAACAGGUUAAAGAUGUUGAAAAGCUGAUGGAAAAGCUAUCUAAACACCUUCAAAAACUUCAGGUACGAAAACUAAUCAUUUCUAAACUAUACCAGGAAGCUAAGGAAGAGUCUAGAUAUGUUACUAAAGCCUCUGCCAUGAAAGCAAUCAAGCAGCAAAUGGAGAAAUAUGUGGAUGAAGUGGGAAAAAUCGUGCGUAACAUCAAAACACGAUUAGAAGAAAUUGACAAAGAUAAUUUAAUAAACCGAAGUAAGCCUGGCUGUGAGAAGGGAACAGGCGUCGACCGCUCCAGGAUGACUAUGACUGCUGCCUUGAAAAAGAAAUUGAAGGAUAAAAUGAAUGAUUUUCAGAACCUUCGGCAAACUAUCCAAGAUGAAUACAGAGAGGUUGUCGAAAGAAGGAUCUUUGCAGUCACAGGAGCACGGCCAACUGAAGAGAUGAUUGACCAUCUGAUUGAGACUGGAAACAGUGAGCAAAUCUUUCAAAAGGCAAUUCAGGACAUGGGUCGAGGGCAGGUGAUUGGCACUGUGGAAGAAAUUCAAGAAAGGCAUGAUGCUGUCAAAGAGAUUGAGAAAAAACUACUUGAACUACAUCAGAUUUUCAUGGAUAUGGCAGUACUAGUUGAGGCACAGGGAGAGAUACUAGACAACAUUGAAUGUCAGGUGUCAAAUGCUGUGAACCAUGUACAGUCUGGAACAGAAGCCCUCCACACUGCAAAAAAUCUUCAGAAAAAUUCAAGGAAAUGUAUGAUGAUUGCUAUAAUUAUCCUUCUGGUAAUUGCUGCAAUCAUUGUGCUCUCGAUCCUGAAACCAUGGAAGAAAUGACUGAAAGAAAGCAAACCUUCAUGACCUUGCUAUAUGUCAUCGAAUUCAUUUUGUAGCUAGAUAGAACUUAAUAAUUUUCAUUCCAAAGCACAGAUUCCUCUAGUUCUUGAAAUAAAUGGCUACAACCUUAAUGCCAGCCAGGAGUUCAAGUUCAGACAUUUGCCUGGUCCCUUUCAAAGUGCUGAGUUGGAUAUGAUGGUUGGCAGAAGAGGUAAUGCACACGUCAGUUCUAAUCAGUGAACAUGAUUCGAAGUCUGCAAAUAGAAAGCAACUAUAAUGUUAUUCUCUUCAUACUCCAACAAAAUAAAAUUGAUAUUGUUUCCCAUCAUCUUCAUGAUAAAAUAGCAUAAUCAAAGCAUGAAUACAAUACAAAGGAAACAAUUAUGUUUUUGCAUCCUAUCAGUUCUAAUGUCUAUAAUAAUAAUUGUGAAUUUCAUCCAGAAACAUUUCAACAAGAAUUCCACAACUUGACAAUCCUUCAUAUGGUGUCAUACUUGCAAGGCAUCAACCCAAGAAAAUUCUCCUGCAAAUAUUUGAUUCUAUGAAUCGGUCACUUGAUGUUUGUAGAAGUCAGCAAGAGCUCUGUGUCCUCGCUAUAUUGUGCAUGCUAUUAGUAAUCACAGCCGUAACUCUUCUUACCAAGGGAACAAAAAAAUAAUUCUAAACCUGUAACUAAUAAAAAUUUCAUGUGAUGUCUUUCAGCAAAGACUAUAUUU